UGCGCGGGAAGUGGAGUCUGGCUACGGCAGUGCGGUGCGAGGUUCGCCCGGGGCCGCUGCUCCUCUCGGUCGCUCUGCGUUGCUGCUCGGCUCACCCUUACCGCUGCCGCCAUGCCCAUGAAAGGCCGCUUCCCCAUCCGCCGCACCCUGCAGUACCUGAGCCAGGGGGAUGUCGUGUUCAAGAACUCGGUGAAGGUCAUGACGGUGAAUUACAACACGCACGGGGAGCUGGGCGAGGGCGCCAGGAAAUUUGUAUUUUUCAACGUACCUCAGAUCCAGUACAAAAACCCUUGGGUGCAGAUCAUCAUGUUCAAGAACAUGACGCCAUCACCCUUUCUGCGCUUCUACUUAGAUUCGGGGGAGCAAGUCCUGGUGGAUGUGGAGACCAAGAGCAAUAAGGAGAUCCUGGAGCACAUCAAAAAAAUCUUGGGAAAGAAUGAGGAAACCCUCAGGAGGGAGAAGCAGGAGAAGGAGCAGCUCUCUCACCCAGCCACCUUCGGUCCCCGGAAGUACUGCCUGCGGGAGUGCAUCUGUGAAGUGGAAGGGCAGGUGCCCUGCCCGAGCCUGGUGCCGUUACCCAAGGAGAUGACGGGGAGGUACAAAGCUGCUGUGAAAGCCAGUGUCCAGGACUGAGGCUUGUGGCCACUGUGGGCUGGGAUGACUGUCUCAUCAGCGGAGAGAUUGGCAUGGGAUUAUUUGGCUCCAGGGAGGCCUGAUUCUGUUCUCAGACUUUGAAAUCAUGUUACAAUAAAAAAUCCCCUUUACACAC